UCGUCCCCUCUUUAAGCUAUUUGUCUGUCUCUCUCCUUCUUUGGUUCAGCAGAAAGCGAAGCCAAACCAAAAGUUCGAACUUUGAGCCAACAAUCUCUCUCUAAACUAAUUGCAUGUAGAUGCUCUUUCGGAGCCCUAGCUCGCUAACUGGACUCUUCUUUAACUCGGCCGAGACCAACUCAUGGCGAAUAACCCCUCGGAGACCCCCAACGAUGAUUUUCUGGAGCAAAUUCUAGGGCUCCCGAACUUUGCUACCGGAGAGGCCGGAUUGGCCGGGGCGGAUGGUGCCCUAGCUCCUCCGCCUAUGAUGCUUCAGCUCAGCUCCGGAGACGGCUCAGCUCACAUUGCUGGUGGUGGCGCGUACCAUGGUUCAGUGUUUCCUUUGGGGCUGAGCUUGGACCAAGGGAAAGGAGGGGGAGGAGGAGGGUUUUUGAAGCCCGAGGACGCCUCUGGGAGUGGAAAACGGUUUCGCGACGAAGUCGUUGAUGGUAGAGCUUCCUCCGGAAGAAAUGUUUUCCAAGGGCAGCCGAUUCACACUACUAUGGCUGUAGCACCACAUCCACCAACAAUGCGCCCAAGAGUUCGAGCUAGACGAGGACAGGCCACAGACCCACACAGCAUUGCUGAGCGGUUGCGCAGAGAAAGAAUAGCAGAAAGGAUCAGGGCGCUGCAGGAACUUGUUCCUAGUGUCAACAAGACAGAUAGAGCUGCCAUGCUUGACGAAGUUGUGGAUUAUGUGAAGUUCUUAAGACUCCAAGUAAAGGUUUUGAGCAUGAGUAGAUUGGGCGGAGCUGGCGCAGUGGCACCACUUGUAACAGAUAUCCCAUUGUCAUCAGUAGAGGAUGAAUCAGGUGAAGGUGGAAGAAACCAACCAGCCUGGGAGAAGUGGUCCAACGACGGCACAGAACGUCAAGUAGCUAAACUCAUGGAAGAAAACGUUGGCGCUGCAAUGCAAUUUCUUCAAUCAAAGGCUCUUUGCAUCAUGCCAAUCUCACUCGCCUCGGCCAUUUACCAUACUCAACCACCGGAUACCUCCAACAUCGUGAAGCCGGAAACAAACCCCCCUUCAUAAAACCUCUCCAUGGUUCGGUGGUCGGUACCUAUCCCGUGGUCCCAUCCCAAAAGUAGCCACUAAAAUGGUAUGGGGCCCCCCUCUCAAUUUGUCUCGUUUCAACCUCACGAGAUUAGUUUUUUUUUUCCUUCAAAUGCCAUCAAAGUCAGAUGCCAUAGUUCUUGCUUUUGCCUCUCUUUUCCAGCUUUUGUCAAAACAGGUAUCGAUGUCAAUGCUUAAAAAAAAUGUAGGCAGGCCCUUUAUGUCUUGACAAGUUCCAGUUAAAGGAGGGAGGAAUUGUCAAAGCUUACAUUUGAUAUGCUCUGCUUUUUCAUUGUAUCGCUAGUGGGGGUAGUGGAAAAUGAUGGAAGCACUUUUGCAGUGGAGGCUCUAGUUUUUGGUAAGUGCUUUGUGGGACCUUCUAAAAGGGAUAGAUAUAGCCAUAUAGGGUAUAAAUAUUGUAAUAUUGUAUUUCAUAGCCAAUGGGAUGCAGAGGUAGAAUGGAUAAUGGUUGGUUGUUUGACAAAGCUGGGUGUUUUUAGUCCGACUCCAUAUGAUAGUGCUACUUUGUUUAAAGGGAUCGAGUGUGAAAAGUAUUUUUUGACUUUUUUUUUCCUUAA